AUGAAACAACAAAAUCUAAAAUUACCUUCUGCUUCUGCAUUUCCAAAGCUCAAUGCCAAAGCUCUUAUCCUUCAAGCAUUCGAACACUAUCGCCUUAAAACCUGCAUUGACUUUAAACAGAGGACAAACGAAGAGAAUUACAUAUCAGUGUAUAAAGGAAGCGGAUGCUCAUCAAAAGUUGGAAACCGCCAAAUGGGGCAGCAAAGUCUUUCAAUUGGAUCAGGUUGUGACAGACUUGCAACAAUUGAGCACGAGUUCUUCCAUGCUCUUGGAUUCUGGCAUGAACAAUCACGAGCAGAUCGAGAUGACUAUGUUACGAUAAUGUGGGAUAACAUUGAGUCUGGACAUUCUCACAACUUCAACAAGUAUGAUGACAGCACAUCUGACUCCUUGAAUGUCCCUUAUGACUAUACUUCAGUUAUGCACUACAGCAAAACAUCAUUUAGUGUUGGAUCUUCCAAGCCAACCAUUGUAACUAACAUCCCAGCAUUUAACAAUGUGAUUGGUCAGCGUAUGGAUUUCAGUGAUUAUGAUCUUUUGAAACUGAAUCGACUCUACAACUGCACUAGAUCAUUGAGCUUCAUGGAGCAGUGCUCUUUUGAUGAGGAAAACAUCUGUGGCAUGAUACAGAGGACUGAUGAUGGUGAUGAUUGGCAACGUGUUUCCCAGGCAAAAGGAGGACCAUCCACAGAUCACACAGUGAUGAGUUCUUGCAAAGAUUCUGGCUAUUUCAUGUACUUCAGUACAGCCUCUGGGUCAACAGGGAAAACUGGUUUCCUAGAAAGUAGAUUGCUGUACCCUAAACGAGGAUUUCAGUGCCUUCAAUUCUACUACUACAACAGUGGUAAUGAGAAUGAUGAACUCAAUGUCUGGGUGAGGGAAUAUACAUCAGACAACUCAGAAGGAAAAUUACAACACAUAGGGAAGAUUAAAGGUAAAGCACUGGGCUACUGGCAACUUCAGCACUUCAGCUUUAAUAUCAAAAACAAGUUCCGUGUUGUGUUUGAAGGAGUAAAAGGUACUGGACCAUCUUCAGGAGGCUUUUCUAUUGAUGACGUUAAUCUGUCAGAGACCCGGUGCCCUACAGAUGUCUGGCAUAUCAGAAAUUUUGCAGAGCUCCUGGCCAGCAUGCCUCCAGGAACAUCAGGAAGAAUUUAUAGCCCACGUUUCUACUCUAGUGAGGGCUAUGGUUUUCAGAUUAGCCUCUAUGUAAAUGGUAAAAGUGAUAAUCCAGGAAACUUGGCAAUAUAUGUCCAUCUUACCUCUGGAAUCUAUGAUAAUCAGCUGCAGUGGCCCUGUCCUUGGAGGCAGGUAUCCAUGACAUUAAUGGAUCAGCAUCCAGACAUUCGCCGUCGUAUGUCGAAUCAAAGAAGUAUAACAACAGAUCCCACAGAAACUACAACAAGUGGAGGUAUUGAAUAUUAUUUCUGGGACCGGCCUGACAAAAUAGGAUCUGCUGUGACAGAUAGUGAUGGAACAACUUUCUACAGAGGACCUGGAAAAGGAACAAGCACUUUUAUAUCUCACGAAAGGCUUAAAAGCAGAGAAUUUAUUAAGGGAGAUGACAUUUUUAUUCUUUUAACAAUGCAAGGCCACUGUUCAGAUGGUGCUGUGCUUAGCAAAAACGGGUUUGACUAUGCUCAGCUGGUUUGCAUGCACAGUGGCAGUACACAAAUUGGACCACCCACAUAG